AUGGGAAUGUUACUCGUGUUACUGGUAAUGUUGUUUGUCGUUUACCCUUCAGCUUCCACUACCACAACCUCAUCCCCGCCGGUGUGCGGCUCUCCAGUAUUCUCCAGCAGGAUAGUCGGGGGCACAGACGCUCUGGAUGGAAGAUGGCCCUGGCAGGUCAGCGUGCAGUAUUAUGGCGACCAUAGGUGUGGAGGGAGCCUGAUCUCCCGCCAGUGGGUGAUGUCCGCAGCAAACUGCUUUCCAUAUGACACCAGUGAAGCGGCCUACACCAUGUACUUUGGGCUCUUCAGGUUAUCAGAGGCGUAUAACCACACUCAGAGCUCUUCUGUCUCUAACAUCUAUAUACACCCUAACUAUACGGGGACUGGAGGUCCAGGAGACAUCGCUCUGGUGAAGCUCUCCAGCCCGGUCAUCUACACCAGUUACAUCAUGCCCAUCUGUCUGCCCGCCGCCUCCGUCAUCUUCCCCGAAGGCUUGGAGUGCUGGGUAACCGGUUGGGGCUCAGACGGAACAUGGUAUCCCGACACUCUACAGGAAGUGAUGACACAGAUCAUUGACAGAGCGACAUGUGACCAGCUCUACCAUAUGUUCUCCGACAUCAGCAGCAACCAGACCAUCAUCCUAGAUGACAUGAUAUGUUCUGGUUACACAAAUGGAGGCUUCUGCCGGGGAGACCCCGGGGGACCUCUGGUGUGUAAAGUAAACAGUGUCUGGUAUGAAGCGGGCAUCGUAAGUUGGGCGAAAGGAUGUGCUUUACCUUACCUCCCUGGGGUGUACACCUUAGUACCGGCCCAUGCAGCAUGGAUCCAGAGCUAUGUUCCCGAUGCGACCUUCAUUGACCUUGUAGACAUACCCCUGCCUACACCUGCGGAUUCUACACCAGAAGCCUUCAUCGCCUUGUAA